GUGUGUUUUGUUUUAAACAAGCGAUGUGAGUUUAUUUACUAUCUAAUGUAACGUUGUAAUUGUUUAUCUAACUGUAAUGAAGGAUAUUUGUGUGAUUAAAACUCAUCCACUGAUGAGAAACAGUAAACCUGCGCCUCAUUUCUCUCUCUCUAUAAAUCAUAAAUCAGUUUAUCAUGAACACGAGUUCAGUGUCUGGAGAGUCAUGAUGGAGAAACUGAACUUUUCAACUCCGAGUCAAUUGAAUCAAACACUUUGAGAAAUGAUUCAGUGAAUCACGACUCGUGCUGCUCAAACAGUGAACAUGAACGAGAACAACAAACACUAACAAACUAACUAAACAUGUUUUCAUCAGUCAUAAAUGCCUAAAUAUGAAGUUUAUUCAUUUGCAGCGUUAGUUUUUAGAGAUUUUGUCUAACCAGGUCAUUUAAGACCAUUAACUCUGUUAAUUAUUCUCUUAAAGAUGGAGUUUAAAACAGAGGAGAAGAGUGAAGAUAUAAAGAUGGAGUUUAUUAAAGAUGAGACCGAAGACAUGAAGAUGGAGAUUAAAAAAGAGGAGGAGACUGAAGAUAUAAAGAUGGUGUUUAUUAAAGAGGAGGAGAGUGAAGACAUAAAGAUUGAGUUUAUUAAAGAUGAGACUGAAGACAUGAAGAUUGAAGAAACAUUCAGAGUGAAACAUGAAGAUACUGAGGAACAAACAGACCUGAUGGCACUGAGAGAGGCGAGUCAUGAGCUUAAUGAAAGGGAUGAAGAGAAAGAACAUUAUAAUUUAAUGAGUGAAGAAAAAUCAACAAAGUUUUCCUUACAAAAAGGAGCUCAAAAGACAGGAACUAAAAGUUAUUUCACCUGCCAACAGUGUGGAAAGAGUUUCAGUCGAAAAGGUAACCUUAAGGACCACAUGAGAAUUCACACUGGAGAAAAGCCUUACACCUGCACUUUGUGUGGGAAUGGCUUCAAACGGGAGCAAAGCCUCAGGCAACACAUGAGAAUUCACACUGGAGAAAAGCCUUACACCUGCCAACAGUGUGGAAAGAGUUUCAGUCAAAAAGGACACCUUAUAGUCCACAUGAGAAUUCACACUGGAGAGAGCCCAUUCACCUGCAAACUGUGUGGAAAGAGUUUCAUUAGAAAUGUAAACCUUAAAGUCCACAUGAGAGUUCACACUGGAGAAAAGCCUUACACCUGCCAACAGUGUGGAAAGAGUUUCAGUCAAAAAGGAAACCUUAAAGACCACAUGACAACUCACACUGGAGAAAAUCCCUUCACUUGCCAACAGUGUGGAAAGAGUUUCACACAUAAAAAUCACCUUAAAGUUCACAUGAGAAUUCAUACUGGAGAAAAGCCUCACACCUGCAAACAGUGUGGAAAGAGUUUCAGUCAAAAAGGAAGCCUUGAAAUCCACAUGAGAAUUCACACUGGAGAAAAGCCUUUCACCUGCCAACAGUGUGGAAAGAGUUUCAUUAGAAAUGAAAACCUUAAAGUCCACAUGAGAAUUCACACUGGAGAAAAGCCUUUCACCUGCCAACAGUGUGGAAAUGGUUUCCGUGAAAAAGGAAACCUUACAGCCCACAUGAGAACUCACACUGGAGAAAAACCUUUCACCUGCCAACAGUGUGGAAAGAGUUUCAUUAGAAAUGAAAACCUUAAAGUCCACAUGAGAAUUCACACUGGAGAAAAGCCUUUCACCUGCCAACAGUGUGGAAAAAGUUUCAUUAGAAAUGAAAACCUUAAAGUCCACAUGAGAAUUCACACUGGAGAAAAACCUUUCACCUGCCAACAGUGUGGAAAUGUUUUCCGUGAAAAAGGAAACCUUACAGCCCACAUGAGAACUCACACUGGAGAAAAGCCUUACACCUGUACUCUGUGUGGGAAUGGCUUCACAGAGGAACGAAUCCUCAGGCAACACAUGAGAAUUCACACUGGAGAGAGCCCAUUCACCUGCCAACAAUGUGGAAAGAGUUUCAUCAGAAAGGAAAACCUUAAAGUCCACAUGAGAAUUCACACUGGAGAAAAGCCUUUCACCUGCCAACUGUGUGGAAAGAGUUUUAAUGAGACAAGAAACCUUAAAAUCCACAUGAGAAUUCACACUGGAGAAAAGCCUUACACCUGCCAACUGUGUGGAAAGAGAUUUAAUGAGACAGGAAACCUUAAAAUCCACUUGAGAAUUCACACUGGAGAGAAACCUUUCACCUGCCAGCAAUGUGGAAAGAGUUUCAGUCAAAAAGGACACCUUAUAGACCACAUGAGAUUUCACACUGGAGAGAGCCCAUUCACCUGCCAACAAUGUGGAAAGAGUUUCAUUAGAAAUGAAAACCUUAAAGUCCACAUGAGAACUCACACUAGAGAAAAACCUCAUACUUGUCAAGAGUGUGGAAAGAGUUUCAGUCAAAAAAGAAACCUUAUAGCCCACAUGAGAAUUCACACUGGAGAAAAGCCUUAUACCUGCCAACAGUGUGGAAAGAGUUUCAGUCAAAAAAGAAACCUUAUGGUCCACAUGAGAACUCACACUGGAGAAAAGCCUUAAGCUUUGAUUCAUUAUUUUCUAAAAUCAAAAUAAAAUUGAACAGCUCAAUAUUGUAAUAAAUCAAGGUCAACAUAACGGCCUCUUAAAUGUUAAAAGUGUGAAAUGCUCACAGUUCAAAAAGCUUACGCUACAUCCUAUGCCUUCUCUACAAGUUGUUUGUACAUGACGUCAGUGCUGCACGCGAAAUGCGGCAGGUGUGCAAGGAGUGAUUUUACUAUAUAGGAAUCAAAAUUCCUAUUUUUUGCAUUGUUAUAGUUGCUCAAAUCUAUCAAACCGAGAAACCACAAUGAGCUUUUACCGUUUAUGUAACUUGUAUAGUUUUUUUUUUUUAAAAUAGAAUUUUGUGUCUGCUGAUACUGAAAUGAAUAUGGAACCUGCUUACUUCAUUUUUUACUUGGUUAAAUAUUAACAUUCUUCAUGGUAUCGUUUGCAGGGAAGAGAAGAUAUUUUAUCCCAUUGAAUGAUUAUUUAGUGUUUUCACUUCAGUUUUGUUGAAUUUGAUUUACAAUGUUGAUCUGGUUACCAUGAGAACUGUG